UUUUGUUUUUGGUUUUUUUUUUUUUUUUUUUGCGGCUUUGAAAUCUGACUCCUUGUUGUCACAAGUAGACAAACUUAGAAGGUCCCCUCCAAACUGACAACUUUUUAAUAGUGGCUUUCCCGUUUCUGCCUGUGCCUUCACUUGGGUGGGUUGGAAGCCUUCACAAGCCCCCGGCUCCCACUUGCAGGCCUGGCCUCUGGCCAGCAGGAAGGGCAGCGGCAGCGCGGAGGUUCUUGUUCUCAGCGGCAGUGGGACGUUGGGCCAGGGAAGAAGCACCCGGGAAAGGGGUUCCGUCUCUGGGACUUUCAGCACCUGCGGCCCAACCUAACGUCAUGUCCUGACCUCACUAGGCGUGGGGAGACUCUGACUCAACCAGGGAAGAGGGAUCUGGCCUGGCUGCAGAUCAUGAUGAGGACCUAGGGCAUCUGCCUGCUGACCCCCUAGCCUGCAGUGACCAUGGCCCCCCGCAAGAGGAGCCGCCAUGGCCUGGGCUUCCUGUGCUGCUUCGGGGGCAGUGACCUCCCCGAGAUCAACCUCCGGGACAGCCACCCUCUGCAGUACAUCGAGUUCUCCAGCCCCAUCCCGAACCCGGAGGAGCUUAAUGUCCGCUUCGCAGAACUGGUGGAUGAAUUGGAUCUCACGGACAGAAACCGGGAGGCUGUGUUUGCACUGCCCCCGGAGAAGAAAUGGCAGAUCUACUGCAGCAAGAAGAAGGAACAGGAGGACCCCAACAAGCUGGCGACCAGCUGGCCUGACUAUUACAUUGACCGCAUCAACUCCAUGGCUGCAAUGCAGAGUCUGUAUGCAUUUGAUGAGGAAGAGACGGAGAUGAGGAACCAAGUCGUGGAAGACCUGAAGACAGCUCUCCGGACACAGCCCAUGAGGUUUGUGACCCGCUUCAUCGAGCUUGAGGGCUUGACCUGUCUGCUAAAUUUCCUCCGGAGCAUGGACCAUGCCACCUGCGAGAGCCGCAUCCACACCUCCCUCAUUGGCUGCAUCAAGGCACUGAUGAACAACUCCCAGGGGCGGGCGCACGUACUGGCACAGCCCGAGGCCAUCAGCACCAUUGCCCAGAGUCUGCGCACGGAGAACAGCAAGACCAAGGUGGCCGUGCUGGAGAUCCUGGGCGCCGUGUGCCUCGUGCCCGGUGGCCACAAGAAGGUGCUGCAGGCCAUGCUACACUACCAGGUGUAUGCGGCAGAGCGAACGCGCUUCCAGACUCUGCUGAAUGAGCUAGAUCGCAGCUUGGGCCGGUACCGGGAUGAAGUAAAUCUGAAAACAGCCAUCAUGUCCUUCAUCAACGCUGUCCUAAAUGCUGGAGCUGGAGAGGAUAACCUGGAGUUCCGCCUACAUCUACGGUAUGAGUUCCUGAUGCUGGGAAUACAGCCUGUGAUCGACAAACUCCGGCAACAUGAGAAUGCCAUCCUGGACAAGCAUUUAGACUUCUUUGAGAUGGUCCGGAAUGAAGAUGACCUGGAGCUAGCCAGGAGGUUUGACAUGGUCCACAUCGACACAAAAAGUGCUUCCCAGAUGUUUGAGCUGAUCCACAAGAAACUGAAGCAUACUGAGGCCUACCCUUGCCUGCUCUCUGUCCUGCACCACUGCCUGCAGAUGCCUUACAAGCGGAAUGGUGGCUACUUCCAGCAGUGGCAGCUCCUGGACCGUAUCCUCCAGCAGAUCGUCCUCCAGGAUGAGCGGGGUGUGGACCCCGACCUGGCUCCCUUGGAGAACUUCAACGUGAAGAACAUCGUCAACAUGCUCAUCAAUGAGAACGAAGUGAAACAGUGGCGUGACCAGGCAGAGAAGUUCCGGAAAGAACACACAGAGCUGGUGAGCCGGCUGGAGAGGAAGGAGCGGGAAUGUGAAACAAAGACGGCGGAGAAGGAAGAGAUGAUGCGGGCGCUGAACAAAAUGAAGGACAAGCUGGCCCGGGAGUCCCAGGAGCUGCGCCAGGCUCGGGGACAAGUGGCAGAGCUGGUGGCCCAGCUCAAUGAGCUCUCAACAGGCCCUAUAUCCUCCCCGCCUCCCCCUGGGGGCCCACUGACCUUGUCUUCCUCGAUGAUAACCAGUGACCUGCCUCCACCCCCACCUCCUCUUCCCUUUGCCUGCUGCCCUCCACCCCCACCCCCUCCCCUUCCACCUGGGGGGGCUCCUACUCCCCCAGGUGCCCCACCUUGCUUUGUGGGCCCGUCCCUCCCUCAGGACCCCUACACCAGCAGUGAUAUCCCUCUCAGGAAAAAGCGUGUCCCCCAGCCUUCCCACCCGCUGAAGUCCUUCAACUGGGUCAAGCUGAAUGAGGAGCGUGUCCCUGGCACUGUAUGGAAUGAGAUUGAUGACAUGCAGGUAUUUCGGAUUCUGGACCUAGAGGAUUUUGAAAAAAUGUUUUCAGCUUAUCAGAGGCACCAGAAAGAGUUGGGCUCCACUGAGGACAUCUACCUGGCCUCCCGCAAGGUCAAAGAGCUGUCCGUCAUUGACGGCCGGAGGGCCCAGAACUGCAUCAUCCUUCUCUCCAAGUUGAAGCUCUCUAAUGAGGAGAUCCGGCAGGCGGUGUUGAAGAUGGAUGAGCAGGAGGACCUUGCCAAGGACAUGCUAGAGCAGCUCCUCAAGUUCAUCCCUGAGAAGAGUGAUAUUGACCUCCUCGAGGAGCACAAGCAUGAGAUUGAACGGAUGGCCCGCGCUGACCGCUUCCUCUAUGAAAUGAGCAGGAUUGACCACUACCAGCAGCGACUACAGGCCCUCUUCUUCAAGAAGAAGUUCCAGGAGCGGCUAGUUGAGGCCAAGCCCAAGGUGGAAGCCAUCCUGCUGGCCUCUCUGGAGCUGAUCCGCAGCAAGCGUCUAAAGCAGAUGCUCGAGAUUGUCCUGGCCAUCGGCAACUUCAUGAACAAAGGGCAGCGUGGGGGUGCCUACGGGUUCCGGGUGGCCAGCCUCAACAAGAUCGCCGACACCAAGUCCAGCAUUGAUAGAAACAUCUCUCUGCUCCAUUACCUGAUCAUGAUCCUGGAGAAGCAUUUCCCUGACAUCCUGAACAUGCCUUCAGAGCUGCAGCAUGUUCCAGAAGCUGCCAAAGUCAACCUGGCAGAGCUGGAAAAGGAAGUGGGCAACCUCAGGAAGGGCCUGAGAGCAGUUGAGGUGGAGCUGGAAUAUCAGAGGCGCCAGAUGCGGGAGCCCAGUGAUAAAUUCGUCCCAGUCAUGAGUGAUUUCAUCACAGUGUCCAGCUUCAGCUUCUCAGAGCUGGAGGACCAGCUAAAUGAGGCCAGGGACAGGUUCACCAAGGCCCUGAUGCACUUCGGGGAGCAGGAGAGCAAGAUGCAGCCGGACGAAUUCUUCGGUAUCUUCGACGCCUUCCUGCAGGCCUUCUCGGAGGCGCGGCAGGACCUGGAGGCCAUGAGGCGGAGGAAGGAGGAAGAGGAGCGGCGGGCGCGAAUGGAAGCCAUGCUGAAGGAGCAGAGGGAGCGCGAGAGGUGGCAGCGGCAGCGGAAGGUCCGGGCGGGCAGCGCGCUGGAGGAGGGAGGCGAGUUCGACGACCUGGUGUCGGCCCUGCGUUCCGGGGAGGUUUUCGACAAGGACUUAAGCAAGCUCAAGCGCAGCCGCAAGCGGUCAGGGAGCCAGGCCCUGGAAGUCACCCGGGAGCGGGCAAUAAACAGGCUAAAUUAUUGACCUGGGACUGGCCGGGGAACAGGGAGCCGGAGGGGCUGAAUAGAGGCGGAGGUGAUACGUGAUUUGGUGCUCGGGUUGAGGCCUGGGCUGGGCCCCGGGCAGGGGAUGGUGUGGGGCUGGACCAGGUGUCCCCCUGCUACUCACCAGGGGCCCCUCGCUUCUCCCCUUCACAUGAUUCCUUUUGCAUCAGAGCCCGGGGUCAUCUCGGAGGCUGGCUUAGACACCCCUGGCAGGCCCCAGGCCUCUGGCCAGGCAACCCAGGCUGAGGGCCCUGCCCCCCACCCUCACCAGGGGCAUCCACAUGUUGGCACAGAAUUGUUCCAGAUCUAGACUGGAGAGGCCCAUGUUGUUGUCCAGAUUUCAUGCGCAGGGAGAGUUAGGGGACUCCCUGAGAGCCAGGGUGGGGGAAUCCAGGCUCCCAGCUCUCCAGGAGGCUCGGCAAACACUGAUGGGGGGGCAAAUUUUCCUCUUGGAUAGAAACAGGAGAAACGUAAUAUUUAGCUAGAUCAGUUCUAGAAGUUUCCAAAAAACAACAAAUGUUAAGAGGAUGAUACAGGGACCAAAGCCACGAGGACGGAGUAGCAGUGCCUGUUUCCUAGGUCACAAGUCCUUGGCCUCUCUCUCUGCCUCGUCUUAAGUCUUCAUCCUACACUACCUGCCCACCUCCCUCUUACCUACUAAUCCAUCAUGCAGAAGAUUCCCCUUUGAGUUUCCACGACUAUGCCUCAUACCAGGUGCUUGAGUCUGGCAAGGGAGGGGGCUCAAGAAGGACUUCAUUCACACCACACCUCAUGCCUCAGGCAUAUCCCUACGGGUGUACCCCAAGUCCCCACCUCUCCAUACAACCUGGCCACGGUUGUAAAGUGACCUCACAUGUUGCCUAGGAAUUCCCUGUAGCCCCUUACCAGAGGGCAUCACUUGAAUGCCCAGCUCUACUCUGCAGCCCCUGGCCUACCAGGUCAUACAAAUCACUCAGAACCCUAUUCUCCAACACCUGCCUCAGGGCAGCUGCCACAUUGGCUUCCUGCUCUGUCCAGCCUGCAGGGGUACACUUGGGUCUCGCUGAGGCUGGUGGGGAAGCCCGUUCCUGAGAGGCUCCUGAGGGCCAGAGCUGCCCUCCACGUUCACACGUCUAAGGGUGGUCCCUCCCUCAGGUUGGAGCUGAGAGCAGGCCCAGAAGUGGAGGAGAUGGGGAUGGUGGAGGGAGGCCAACUACCUGGGGGAGCACACUGCCUGAGGGCCCACUCCUCAUCUCUGAAACACAGUUUGGUUCUUCAGCCUGACUUGCCUGGGACCUACUCUGGAGUUCCUCUCUACUCCCACCUUCCACUUUGUCCAUCGGAAGCUGUCCUCGGUGGAUGGGACAGCUGUAUGUAGACAAAAUCUCUUUCUUCCAAAAGGAGGGGCCUGAGGUCAAUUCUAGGGCUUUUAUGUUGAAUAACAUCUUACCAGCCCUGCCUCAACCCCUCCACCAUCUCCUAGCCCUCCUGCCCUCUGCCCUGACCUUCAUGUUCCCGACCUCGUCCCUGGCUCAGGGUUAUUGCCGGUGCACAGACUGGUGGGCUGGGCCGCUCUCAGCUGCCUAUCUUCUGCCUUUUGCCUAUACCAGAUUCCUGGGGGUGGGGCCGUAGUAGCUGCAGGGGCUGAAACACAGGGUUGGUGAGUCCAGUACGUGCGUUGGUUUGAGGAGGCAGGUGGCACGUGUCCUGAUGGGAGGAAUCUGCAAGCCUGGCCAGCACAGGUGUGAAGAGCCCAGCCUGGAGCCCAGGUGAGGGCAAGAUGAAAGCUUCUAGGAAGAGUAGCUGCAGAGAGCUUCGCCAUACCCAUCUGCGCCCCUGAAAGCCCCACUGCAAGAUGCAGGUGUUGGGAUGAUGGGGAGGUUGUGGGUGAGGCCUCUUGAGGUCCUCUCCCAAACUGGCCAGGCUGAAGUUGACCUAACCUCCACGGGGUAGGGAACAGGGGAGCACUCCAGUGUGACAAGCAUCCCUAAAUCCUGGCAUUCCCGCCCCCUGAGGGAAGACUGGAUAUGCACCAGGAAAGACAAGGAAUAUGGAAGCUGUUCAAGAGACAUUCAAUCCUCAGAAAAGUAGUUUGUUUUUUAACUGUUUACAGAGGACACAUACAUCGUUCCAGAGCUCAGCCUUCUCACCCCCAAAGAUUUUUUCUUCUCUAUUUAUUGUUUCCUGGAUUUGGCUAGUGGCUCUGGUAUUAGAUGCCAUUGCAGCCAGAUCUUCAACAGUGCCUUGGACCAUGGAUCAUAGCAGUCAACUCAGUAGAAAGGGGCUGCAUAGGUCCUUGAUGUGUUAAAUGUCUCAGCUAUUAAUUAAUGUGUUCCUUGGUCUUGUUUCCCCAUGUCCUUCACACUUCUCCUGCCACCUUUGGGAACAUUUUUCCAGCUGUCUAAUUUUGUGUCCAAUGUAAAAUUCAUUGUCAACCUAAUGCGAACUGUUCCCUUCUCAUCAGCAGCACUUAUUCCUCCUCCCCUGUGUGGAAAUAAAGUGUUUUAGGGCAGUGGGAGGAGAAAAUUCUGCAGGUGGAUGGGGAAGGGUCUGGGGCAGGCUCUCCCACCCCCAUCCCAUUUCCACCAACUGAAGAGUUGUGACCACCUUCCCCAACCCCUACCAUGGAUGCUCUCAAGCCAAGGCUGCUCUCAUCAGCUGCCUCAUGUGACAAAUGAGGCUAGUGGACAAAACGUACAGUGUCCUUUUCACCUGCACCUUUUUUUUUAUAAGAAUAUAUUGUAAUACUAAAAAAUAUUAAAUCCAUACCAUCCUCACCCAGCAUGUCUCGAAACUUGUGUCUUCUUCCCAUGAGGGGACUUGGGGUGCACUGGGGAACUGGCACAGCCUGUGGUAUGCUGGAGCUCCACCAGA